CUGGAUCACUUCGUCCGUUUACGUCCGCGUCGUCUCACCGUUACGUCUUCUCGGUAGAAAGUACGGCGAGACGACGAUGGAGCCCCGGUGCAGUCGAAAGUGACCAUUAUGAUGACGUCUGACAUGUCCGGUGACAUUAUGCACAUUGUUAUUUCUCAUGCGAUGUGACUGCGACUUCGAGUCAGAUGUGACCAGGAUGCCCGCAGCUCGCUAGCUAACGUUAGCUCUUAGCUCAGCCCUCGGUCCUCCCGCUCCGGCGGGCGGCCAACGGCUCCCGCGGAUCCGCCGCAGCGCCACACGGAGCCCGGGGAGCAGGUGACGAUGAGGCCGUAAAUGUCAGAUCGGCGUCGGUGUGUUCAGUCACCAAAUACAGACAUGGCGUCGCAGCUCCAGGUGUUCUCCUCUCCCUCCGUGUCCUCCAGUGCCUACUCUCGUUCAAAGAGGCUCAAAGUUGAGAACGCGGCCGUGGAUGGGUCCAACCAGCUGGCAGACGAUGCGUACUACCAGCAGAGCUCCACCCAGGGAGCUGCACCCUCCACUUCUGGCUCCUACUUCAACCCGGUGUACAACACCAACCAGGUGCACCCACCGACAGCCGGCUCCAGGGAGCAGACGGUGGUGCGUGCGGCAGACAGCACGGGCAGUGUUCGUGGACCUCCCUCUUCCUCGUCUUUCUCCUCCAGCCGUCGCAUCAAGGACGCAGAGUCCUCCACCCAGCCGUGCGACCUCCACCACAAGCAGUACAGCUUGAAGCGGAAGAGCGAGGAGGUGGACAGCAGCGACAGCGUCCAGAUACUGGAGGAGCUCUCGGCCCCCAUGGUCUCCAACUGCACUGGUGGCGGAGGGGGAACCACCACAGCUCAGUCCAUAGCACAGUCCACUUCUCCCACAAAGAGCAGCAACUCCCACAGCGAGGGAGACUACCAGCUGGUCCAGCAUGAGAUUCUGUGCUCGAUGUCCAACAGCUACGAGGUGCUUGAGUUCCUGGGACGCGGCACCUUCGGCCAGGUGGCAAAAUGCUGGAAGCGGGGAACCAACGAGAUAGUGGCAAUUAAGAUCUUGAAGAACCAUCCCUCUUAUGCUCGGCAAGGUCAAAUUGAAGUGAGUAUCCUAAGCAGGCUGAGCACAGAGAAUGCAGAUGAGUUCAACUUUGUCCGCUCAUACGAGUGUUUCCAGCACAAGAACCACACGUGCCUUGUGUUUGAGAUGCUGGAGCAGAACCUCUACGACUUCCUGAAGCACAGCAAGUUCAGUCCGCUGCUGCUCAAGUGCAUUCGGCCGAUUCUGCAACAGGUCGCCACGGCGCUGAUGAAGCUGAAGAGCCUCGGUUUGAUCCACGCCGACCUGAAGCCCGAAAACAUUAUGUUAGUCGACCCUUCGAGGCAGCCGUACAGAGUGAAAGUCAUCGAUUUUGGCUCCGCCAGCCACGUGUCCACAGCGGUUUGCUCCACGUACCUGCAGUCACGAUACUACAGAGCUCCAGAGAUCAUUCUGGGCCUUCCUUUCUGUGAGGCCAUCGACAUGUGGUCAUUGGGAUGUGUCAUGGCUGAGCUGUUUCUGGGAUGGCCCCUUUAUCCUGGUGCCUCCGAGUAUGAUCAGAUUCGUUACGUUUCCCAGACCCAGGGUCUUCCUGCGGAGUACCUGCUGAGUGCCGGAACCAAGACCAGCCGCUUUUUCAACCGAGCCCCCGACUCAAGCUACCCCCUCUGGAGACUCAAAACACCUGCCGAGUACGAGGCAGAGAUGGGCAUCAAGUCAAAAGAGGCACGGAAAUACAUCUUCAACUGUCUGGAUGAUAUGAUGCAGGUGAACAUGACAAACCUGGAGGGCACUGACAUCCUGGCGGAGAAGGCCGACAGGCGGGAGUUCAUAGACCUGCUGAAAAAGAUGCUGACGCUAGACGCAGACAAGCGGAUCACACCCAUGAAGACGCUCAACCACCCCUUUGUCACCAUGACACACCUGCUGCACUUCCCCCACAGCUCACAUGUGAAGUCCUGCUUCCAAAAUAUGGAUAUCUGCAAACGCAGAUGCAGCGCGUUUGAUAAUGGCAAAAAUAUAUUCGCCAGCAACAACACGCCAAGUGCAGCCACCAACCUCACUGUCACCUUCAGUAGCCAACUGAACCAGCACAAUCAGAUGGCCUCAACGGGGGGCCAGUCCCUGUCCCUGAGCAGUAACGUCCCUUUGCUGAACUACCAGCCUGGCCUCUACCAACAGGCCACCAUAAACAUCCCGGGCCUGACCCCGCUGCAGACCAGACCCACGCAGCUCUGCGCCCAGACUGAGCCCUUCCAGCAAACACUCAUAGUUUGCCCUCCCACCAUCCAGGGUCUUCAGACAUCCAAUAAGCCCUCGAGUUAUCCAGUGAGGAUGGACAACUCUGUACCCUUAGUUCCUCAGAACCAGUCAUCCCAGUCUCUUCACAUCCAGCCCGGCAUGCUGGCACAGGCCUCCCUCGGCCCCCUGCUGAUAGGCAGCCUGUACGCCUCAGUGGCGGGAAUGUCGCCUCUCGGCUCGGUCCGGUUGCCAGUUGGCUGCAAGGGUGCGAGCCUUUGUGACUUCCUGGAUCAGAAGGCCUCAAUGCCGCAGGGCUGGCCGGCUGGCACACAGCAGAUCCUCAUCCCUUCCACAUGGCAGCAGAUGCAAGGCAUGGCCAUCCACAACCCUGGGCAGGAAGUGUUGCCGGAGGCACCCAUGGGCGCCCCGGUAGCCGACAGCCAACAGGCUUCUGGCUGGAGGGGUCGUCAUGGAAGCCAAUACGAUGGCCUCAGCCAGCAGGACUCCGGUGUUGGCCGUCACGCUGCCUCCCAAGGCCACAACUCAGGAGCUGCUCACUCAAGAUCCCAACAGGGAAAGAGGUCAAAGGCUCGACAUGCCGAGAGCAAAGCCAGGCCUGUGUCGCCGGCCACCACGGCGGUCCACAACGCUUCUGCUUUUGCCGGAGACCAGUCUCAGCCCAUCGUCAUCUCGGACACGCCGAGCCCUGCCGUCAGCAUCAUCACCAUCCACAGCGACUCAGAAGACGACGAUGACCGGAAGCUCUCUGCUGCCUGCUCUGGAACGAGCCAGAGGACCAACGUGAUCAGCUGUGUGACUGUGCACGACUCCGACUCCUCCAACAGCAGCCCCCUGAGCUCCAAGACGACCUCGCAGCCCACCAAGUCGUUGGCCGUCAUCAUGCCCUCUGUGAAGAGCCAGCCGGGGGAGAGCGCAACCCACAGAGCCCCGGCAGCUCCAGAUCACGCUACAAGUGGCUCUGGGAAAGCCAAGACUCAGCAUUCCAGUCGGGCCGGAGAUUCCAACAACGAUCGCCAUCAACGGGCCGCGUCCAGCAGAUCUCAGCCUCUCAAUCUGAGUCAGGUCCAGCAGUCUGUGAUGUCAUCAUCCCACGAUCCAACAGGAAGCAGCAGUUCCCUCAGGCGACAGCCCACAUACCCCCCCCCCGUCUCGUCCCACUCGUCGUUCCGGCUGCACGAGAACACCCUGUUCAGCGCCACCCCAAACCUGUACGCCUACCCGGCCUCCGCCGCCCUGGCCUCCGUGUCUCACGCUGUGGACCAGAUGCAGGGAGGCUCGUCCCGCCACGGCAGGGAGGGCGGAGCUUACUCUUCCCUGGCGCUGCUCCAAAAGAGCGGCAGCCUGGCCCUGGGAGGCUCGACUCCGGGACAGUACGGCAACCACCACCAACAGCAGCUGGGAGGGCAGCCUUUCCACCACGCCGCUACUUACCAGCAACAACUCAACCAGUAUCCCUUCCUGUGAGAAGAACGCGGCGCGUCGACCAAAUGAAGACCGAGACUCGAGACGAGCACACGCUCAUCACGGGCAUCUGUGAUUAGGCUUUUUAACUUUCCUUUAUUGUCCAGUCCUAAUUAUUUACAACUUUCAGUGAUUAUUUUCCGGAAAAUAAUCACGUCAUGUAUUUAUAUUUUAAUAUCCAUUCCACCUUUUGGAGUGUUUUCUUUCCGCAUACAGCAGGUUAACGGCGACAAACCGCAGCCUGUACGUAUGUAAGCAGUGACACAUUUAUUGUAGUGUUGGUUCUGCGCUCCAGUACAUGAGUAUCAGCUUUAAUAUAUUUAUAUUUACACAAUCGCCUUACUUAAGUCAAUUGUUAGAAGUAAGAACUUGUAUGUUUUAAUUUCUGUGUGUCUGUGUGUUUUUUAGCGGUUUAAAAAAAAAAAAAAGUACGCUAUACUGUGUAUAAUAAUAAUGUGUCACUGUGCUCUCACUGUUUUCCAUGUUAGCUGUUUUACUGCUGGCCAUAGACCUAUUAUUAUAUUUCUAUGUUUAAUAUUGCGAUUGAGUCAGUACAUUAUUUAAAGGGGAACUGUCGUCAUUUUUAUCGUGAAAGUUAUUCUUAAGGUUGCAUGUGUCUGACUUGGAGUAACAUUCAGGAGAGGUUCGUAAAGACUGCAGCUGAUGGAUUAUUAAUGUUUAGUUACAUUUGGACAAAACACACAAAUGAAAUUGGGAAAAUGUCAAAGCUAUUGUCUUGUGAAGUGAUGUCUGAAGUAAAAGCGUGAUUGGAUAUCACACUCAUGUCAAAGCCAUUUGGAAUGCAAUUGUAAAAUUCCCAGUUAUGCAUUUGAAUUGUGAAUAACUAAAUCUGAAACGAUUUAUCAAAAAUCUGAAUUGAUGUUCAGUACAUAACUGCUUCUCAACAAAUCAUUGGUUUAGUGAAAUGUUUUUUAUUACAACCCUGCUGCAUUACAUAGAACACACAAUGAACCUUAAACCGUAUUAUAUACGCAAUAAAGAUACUCAAAACAGA